AUGGGGGAACCAGCUAAGAGUCCUCCUCCUCCAGAAAUAGAUUGGUUGAUUGACAUUAAAAGGGGGCUCAGUGAACCACCUACAACAUCUUCAAGUUGGAGUAUCUGCAAAGUUCCGAUACCCCUUCGAUUGGUAAAUGAAGAUGCUUACACUCCUCAUAUUGUCUCAAUUGGACCAAUCCACCAUAAAGCCGAAAGGACAUUACCGAUGGAGGAUCACAAAAAGCGGUACCUAAUCUCCUUCUUCCAGCGUACGAAAAACCCUGAAGCUAUUGUCGAUGUUUGUUACAAUGACCUCUUAAAUGUUGAUGAGAAAGUCCGCGCUUGCUAUUUAGAACCAAUCCUGUAUGAUAAACACGAGCUUGCGAAAAUCUUAUUACAUGAUGCUGUGUUUAUGCUUGAGGUUUUCAUGAGAUACGCAACGGGUGAGUACAUGGAAAACGAUCCCAUAUUGACGACUGGUUGGAUAAUGUCGACACUGCAUCGUGACUUGGUGCUUCUGGAGAAUCAGAUUCCCUUCUUUGUUCUAAACUCUAUGUUUACGCUUGCAUCCCCGACUUAUUAUGCUAAUCAUAGUGCAAGAUCUCUCGCUCUUCGAUAUUUGGACUCUUUGUUGGUUAUCGGACAAGCAAUCUUCAAAAAAAGCGGGGAGCAUGACAACCACUUGCUUCACUUGUUGUACAAAUGUUAUCUUCCUCCAGAUACUUUAGGUUCAUCAAUUGUUGCAGAAUGGGACUCCGUUCAUUGUGCAACAUCACUCACACAGGCUGGGGUAGUGUUUCAAAAGAGUACGGACAACGACUUGUUCGACAUACAAUUCCACAACGGCACAUUCAAAAUUCCACCGCUGUCCAUUUAUGAAUCUACUGACUCAAUCUUCAGGAACCUUGUAGCUUUCGAGCAAUGUCAACGGGACAGUACAUAUUAUAUUACAUCAUACAUGAGACUCAUGGAUACACUGAUCGAUACACCAAAUGAUGUCGAGUUACUUCAACGGGAGGGAAUCAUUGUGAAUUAUUUGGGUAAUGGUAAAAAUGUUUCGAAUCUCUUCAACAAUAUGUGCAAGGAAAUAUCUUGGGAUAACUUCUAUUUCGCAGAAUUAUGCUGUGAUGUUAAUGCCUACGCAGAGUCCCCUUGGCAUCAUUAUAUAGCUGCAGCGAGACGUGACUACUUUAAAAAUCCAUGGAGUAUUAUUUCCUUUCUGGCUGCCGUUAUACUCAUUGUUCUUACUCUCUUGCAGACCCUUUAUACUCUACUUUCUUAUUACCAAGGGUGAUCAUACUUGUUCUGGAAUUACUUGUGGUAUGUUCUUGUUGAAAAUCAAAUGUU